AUGCAUGAUUACACUACUGAGCUUUUGAAUGCAAUUAUAGGACCGAAGUAUCUCAAUAUCAUAAGACCUCUUCUUCUCUACAUCCUCCGAGUGUUAAUAGUGAUGUUUCCCUUUUUUCAGGAUACAUGGCUUUUUUGCGACAGUAAAAUGCGUGUCUUUAUGCACGUUAGCAGCAACAUUAUCGUACAGUGUAACAUCCUCCUAAAGUGGAUAAAGAGCUAUACUCUGGCAGCUCCCCAGCAAAAUCUUGCUGGCUAUGCAAUCUCUACAGUUUUUACGGAUCAAUACCUAAAAAUUGCAGUUAUGUUUGAUAGUAUCCCUCUACCUGUAGUAAUAUUACUGAGUGCUAGCUACAACGAAGUAACAGUUGCUGGUGUAGGAGCAGAUGUUGAUUCAGCGGUGAGAAUUUCAGGAAUACCAGUGAGUCCCAUUUGCAAAUAUAUGAAUGCUGUGGGCUAUUCAAAUGAGCAUUUAAUUAAUUUUGUGUAUUGGACAGACACGGAAUCGGCAUACCAACACAUAUUUUCAGCUGGAAGACGGUUCAUGAUAAUUCUUUCUUUCGAGGGUACAGAGAUAGUCACCAGUUGUUUUUAUAAACAUGAUCUAAAAUUGCUCUCUUUCGUUCUCUGUUUUGAUAACCAGUACAUAGUGAAUGUCAAGUGCGUAAACAAGAAAAUACUCCAAGAAAUUAUUUCAUACUUACCACCAUAG